AUGUGCCCACAUGACUUAAAUAAUAAAGAUGGUCAGGAGGAAUGUGAAGAUAUUGGAGAAAAUUGUGAUAGUAUAAAAUUUCAUUGUAAAGAUGAUUUAUUGGUGAAAAAUACAUUAACAUAUUUAGUUAAAAUGAAGUUUGUAUUUUUUGUUAUUCUUGCUUUCUUUCUUAUAUCUAUUGUAUUAGGAAAUGAUCAUGAAAAUAAUAAAGUAAAAGGAAGUGCUGCUGGUCAAGCCGCUAAUAGUGCUACUGGUCAAGCUGCCAACAGUGCUGCUGGUCAAGCUGCCAAUAGUGCUUCUGGUCAAGCUGCCAAUAGUGCUUCUGGUCAAUCUGCCAAUAGUGCUUCUGGUCAAUCUGCCAAUAGUGCUGCUGGUCAAUCUGCUAACAGUGCUGCUGGUCAAUCUGCUAAUAGUGCUUCUGGUCAAUCUGCCAAUAGUGCUGCUGGUCAAUCUGCUAACAGUGCUGCUGGUCAAUCUGCCAAUAGUGCUGCUGGUCAAGCUGCUAAUAAUGCUGCUGCCGAACCUGCCCAUAGAGGUAAAGUUAAGGUUACAACUACAACUUAUGCUCCUGUUACAAAUGGUGCUUCAAGAUAA